AUGAACCCGGAACAUGUUAUUUCAGAAAUAAGUAGAAAAAGAAUUCUCGGAUCAAUAAUUGGGGCAUUUGUAGGAGAUGCACUUGGAUCCUUUUUAGAGUUCAAAAAUGAAAUUUCUCCAGAAGAGCUAACCUUGGCCUUGAGAAUGCUAGGAGGAUCACAAGGCACACAUGGAACUGGUCCUGGCCAAGUGACUGAUGAUUCAGAGCUUGCAAUUUGCUUAAUGAAAGGUCUUAUAGAUGGCCAAGGAGCUUUAAACCUAGACAAAAUCGCUCACUACUAUCAACUAUGAAUAAAAAAUGAUCCAUUUGAUGUCGGGAAUACUACAGGAACUGCUUUUGAGCCUUUAAGAAGAUCUAAAAUUGCCUAUGCAUAUAUGCCAAUUAAUUGUGCAGCUCAUUAUAACAAGCACUCUUUGAGCAAUGGGAGCCUCAUGAGAUGUACUCCAUUAGCUGUAUGAUGCCAUCGGCUAUCAGAUGACGAUUUAAUUAGAGCAACAGAGCUAGAAGUCUCAAUGACCCACUCAAAUAUAAUUGCACAGCAAAUGGAAGCUUGCUAUAUAAAGGCUAUAGCUCAUUUGAUUAAUAAUCCAGGUGAUAACCAAGGAGCAUAUGAAGCAGCGAAAAAUAUGGGACAGAAUAGAUUCUGCGACGAAGUAAAUAACUGGUUUCAUGAUAUUGAAAAUAACCAUCCUAUGCCUGGGGCUCCAUCUAUCGGAUACGUGAAGAUAGCAUUUGACCAUGCUUUCAGAGCUCUUAGAAGUGGAGCUGAUUAUGAGACAGCAAUAAGGAAUGUGCUGAUGAUAGGAGGGGAUACUGACACAAAUGCAUGCAUAGUAGGAGGGAUGGUUGGAGCUUAUCACGGAAUUGAUGCAAUACCUGAAGAUUGAAGAGACAAGGUUUUGAGUUUUCAUUACAGUACUCAUGGAGGAAGAAGGAGACCUGAAUUUUUGGACCAAAGAGAGCUUGAACAGCAAAUUUCACAGCUAAUUACAAUUGCACCUUCAGUAUUAAGCGUAGAAAUGAUCGAAAAACCGCCUCUCAAAAAAUUAAAUGAAAAUUAA